CGGAGCUAAACGGUGCAUUCGCCCAACGGGGAAGCUAGAACUAAAUGACCGCUCUGUCGACUGGAGCCAACGAGAAUCGGCGUAGGCGCAAUACGGGCGGAGGAUGGGGACCCGCCCCCGGGGUGGGCGGGGCGUCAGGUACUUAAUUCGCGCCUGGAGGGACCGAAGGUGUCGAGGGCUCCGCGUCGCAACCAUGGCGCUGCGCUGGGGCAUCGUGUCUGUCGGCCUCAUCUCCAGCGACUUCACAGCCGUGCUGCAGACGCUGCCUCGCUCUGAGCACCAGGUGGUGGCGGUGGCGGCCCGCGACCUGAGCCGUGCGAAGGAGUUUGCACAGAAACACGACAUCCCCAAGGCCUACGGCUCCUAUGAGGAGCUGGCCAAGGACCCGAACGUGGAGGUGGCCUACAUUGGCACCCAGCACCCCCAGCACAAGGCGGCGGUGAUGCUGUGCUUGGCGGCGGGCAAGGCCGUUCUGUGCGAGAAGCCCAUGGGCGUGAACGCGGCGGAAGUUCGCGAGAUGGUCGCGGAGGCCCGAUCCCGAGGCCUCUUCCUUAUGGAGGCCAUCUGGACCCGCUUCUUUCCUGCCUCCGAGGCUCUGAGGUCUGUUUUGGCCCAGGGAACUCUAGGAGACCUCCGGGUGGCUCGGGCAGAAUUUGGGAAGAAUCUCACCCAUGUUCCCCGGGCCGUAGACCGGGCCCAGGCUGGGGGCGCCCUGCUGGACAUCGGCAUCUACUGUGUCCAGUUCAUCUCCAUGGUCUUUGGAGGGCAGAAGCCAGAGAAGAUUUCCGUCGUGGGAAGGCGUCAUGAAACAGGUGUGGAUGACACUGUCACGGUGCUCCUGCAGUACCCAGGAGAGGUCCACGGCAGCUUCACCUGCAGCAUCACUGCGCAGCUCUCCAACACGGCCUCCGUGAGCGGCACCAAGGGCAUGGCACAGCUCCUCAACCCCUGCUGGUGCCCGACCGAGCUGGUGGUGAAGGGGGAGCAUAAGGAGUUCCCGCUGCCCCCAGUCCCAAAGGACUGCAAUUUUGACAACGGGGCAGGCAUGAGUUAUGAGGCCAAGCACGUCCGGGAGUGCCUACGCAAGGGUAUGAAGGAAAGUCCUGUGAUUCCCCUGUCGGAAAGUGAGCUCCUGGCUGACAUCCUUGAAGAGGUGAGGAAGGCCAUUGGAGUCACCUUCCCCCAAGACAAACGCUGAUGUAUCCCCGAAUAAAUAAAGACAUCUUACAUCUUC